AUACAACUAUCGAUAGUGCUAAGAAAAAUUCGAUAGAGGCGGCAAUAUGAAACCAUCGAUACUAUCGAUAGCCCCAUCGAUAGUUCGCAAUCACUAGUGGAUGUGACGUGUAAAAUUUUCAGCAGCAAUUUAUCUAAAAAACUAAAAUAGUUUUUUAGCAAUUUAAAGUUUUUAACUUAUUUCAAGUGUUUAUAAAGGCUACUAAACAUGGGUUCAUUCCGACGAGAUAAAGAUGACGAGGAUGAGGGCACCACCAACAUCUAUCAAAACUUGGAAAAGACUUCUGUGCUACAAGAAACGCGUACUUUCAACGACACACCGGUAAAUCCAAGGAAAUGUAUUCAAAUUCUUACGAAAAUUCUCUACCUGAUAAACCAGGGCGAACAAUUAGUUGCUCGCGAGGCUACCGAUUGCUUUUUUGCAAUGACAAAAUUGUUCCAGUCGAAAGAUGUCGUAUUGCGCCGCAUGGUUUAUCUAGGAAUAAAAGAACUCAGCUCCAUUGCAGAAGAUGUCAUAAUUGUAACAAGUUCACUGACCAAGGAUAUGACAGGUAAGGAGGAUUUGUAUCGUCCGGCUGCCAUACGCGCACUUUGCAGCAUUACCGACAAUACGAUGCUGCAAGCAGUUGAACGUUACAUGAAGCAAUGUAUCGUUGAUAAGAACCCAGCAGUGUCAUGCGCUGCCCUUGUAAGCUCGCUACGUUUGGCAAGUGCCGCUGGCGAUGUGGUAAAACGUUGGGCUAACGAAGCACAGGAAGCUCUUAACAGCGAUAACAUAAUGGUGCAAUACCACGCACUAGGUUUGCUUUACCAUAUACGUAAGUCCGAUCGUUUAGCCGUAUCUAAGCUAGUAAAUAAAUUGACACGUAAUUCUAUGAAGAGUCCAUACGCCGUUUGCAUGCUGAUUCGUAUCGCCUGCAAACUGAUCGAGGAAGAAGACAUCUCAGCUGAAGAUAUGUCGAAUUCGCCAAUGUUUACUUUCAUCGAAACAUGCUUGCGUCACAAGAGCGAAAUGGUUAUUUAUGAGGCGGCACACGCAAUUGUUAAUCUUAAGAACACAAACGCACGUGUCUUGUCUCCAGCAUUUUCUAUAUUGCAACUCUUCUGUAGCUCACCGAAAGCUACCUUACGGUUUGCGGCCGUGCGAACACUCAACAAAGUGGCUAUGACUCACCCAGCUGCUGUAACAACUUGCAACUUGGAUUUAGAAGGACUUAUAACUGAUUCUAAUCGGUCGGUCGCUACAUUGGCUAUAACAACUUUGUUGAAGACCGGCGCUGAAUCGUCUGUUGAACGUUUAAUGAAACAGAUUUCCUCAUUUGUUGCUGAGAUUUCAGAUGAAUUCAAGGUUGUUGUUGUGCAAGCGAUUUGUGCACUUUGUUCCAAGUACCCGCGCAAACAUACUGUGCUAAUGAACUUCCUAAGUGGUAUGUUGCGUGAAGAGGGCGGUUUGGAAUACAAAACUUCAAUUGUGGACACCAUAAUUACAAUUAUUGAAGAAAAUGCUGAAGCUAAGGAAUCUGGACUCUCUCAUCUUUGUGAAUUUAUCGAAGACUGUGAACAUGUUUCGCUGGCAGUUAGAAUUCUUCAUCUACUUGGCAAGGAGGGUCCAUUUGCCAAUACACCAUCCAAGUACAUUCGCUUUAUUUAUAAUCGCGUUAUUUUAGAAAGUCCAAUAGUACGUGCAGCUGCUGUUACAGCACUGGCACAGUUUGGUGCCUCUUGUCCUGCACUUAUAAAUAACAUUUUGGUACUACUUAGCCGUUGUCAAAUGGAUCCUGAUGAUGAAGUACGCGAUCGUGCUACUUACUACUUGCACUUAUUACAAUCCAAUAAACCGGAACUUUAUAAACAUUACAUUAUCGAGCGUGAAACAUGCUCGGUGGCCUUAUUGGAAAAGGCGUUAACGGAACAUUUGAAUGGGGACUUGUCUACUAAAUUUGAUUUAUCCAUUGUACCCAAGACCACCGUUGUUAAAGAGGAACCCGCCAACGAAGCUAUGCUUAUUUCUAAUACGCCACGAGCUCCGAAGAUCACACGUGAAGAAGAAAGUGCUGCGCGCUUAUCUCAAUUGCCAGGUAUACAAGUGUUGGGACCUAUUCAUCGUACAACACCGCCAAUACAGCUUACCGAAAGCGAAACUGAAUACACAGUGCAAUGCAUUAAACACAUCUUCGCCAAUCACGUCGUAUUUCAGUUUGAUUGUCUCAAUACCUUGCCUGAUCAAAUAUUGGAAAAUGUGCGUGUAGAGCUAACUAUACCUGAGGGAUUCAUCACGCGCGCUGUUAUACCAUGUCCAAAACUUCCUUACAAUGACUUACAAACGACUUUUGUCAUUGUCGAAUUUCCACCAGAUGUUGCUAGUUCAGCUGCAACAUUUGGCGCCACUUUACGAUUCGUGGUUAAGGAUUGCGAUCCAAAUACAGGAGAACCCGAUUCAGAUAAUGGCUACGAGGAGGAAUACAUGCUAGAAGAUCUAGAAAUUACAGUUGCUGACCAAAUUCAAAAAUCGAAAAAGAGUAAUUUCCAAGCGAUUUGGGACGCUGCAGAUACAGAUGAAUGGGUCGAAGCUGAAGAUACAUAUUCGCUCUCUACUGCAAACACAUUACAGGAGGCAGUUAAUUUAAUUUUGAAAUUCCUUGGCUUAGGUGCCGCCAAUCUCUCUGAGAAUGUAACUGAGGGGACACACACGCAUACAUUACUUUGUUCAGGCACUUUUAGAGGUGGUGCUGAAAUAUUAGUGCGGUCUAAAUUGGCGUUAUCCGAUGGUGUUACCAUGCAGCUAACCGUUCGUACUACAGAUCCAGAUGUUGCUGAGCUUUUAACAUCUGCUAUUGGAUAGAAUACAGAGGGUUAGAUGAUAGGAAAUCGUUAAACGAAUAGCAGAGUUUUAAUGUUGAUUAAGUUUAAAAUGAGUGUACCGCUAAUGCCAUUCAAAAUUAAAAAAAAAAAAAAACUAUCUAACACUUAGUAGCAUUUCUCUUCAUCACUAAAACAAGUCCAAUGGAAGGCCGAAUAUUAUGUGAUACAACUAUGUAGUGUUGAAGAAAAUUGAAGCAGAAUAUCAUUACAAGAAUUAUAAUUUGCAACUGAGUGUUAAAGAAUGGAUUCGUGAAGUGUAUUUCGUGCCACAACAUAAGUUUUAAUUAAUCAGCAGAUAAAGGCAUAAUGCUCUACACAUCCCUAUAUCUUAAUAAAAAUGUAUACUUUGUAAUGAAUUUGUCAGGAAACAUGCAUAGAAGCGAUGGCAAGUGAUCGCAUUUGCCAGACGUUCUGCGGCCAAUUCAUACAAAAUAUUUAAUGUAAAUUUUUAUUAUUUUUUUUUUGGUACAUUUCUGAUGUUUGUAAUUAAAACAAAUGUAUUCCAUAUUUUGUAAAUUUAAAUAUAAAUAUCUGUUUUUUUUGACUUUGACUUAGAUAGAUAUGUAAGGAUGACACUAAUUGCAUAUGAGAAAUUGCAUUAGUGUUUAACCAUAUUAUUAUUAUAUAUGCGAAUAAAUAUCAAGAAAAUGUUGCGAAAACCGUAA